AUGGUAAAGUUUAACUCAUAUGAUACACCAAAAAUCACAAGUGAGUGGUCCGAAAAUUCUAAAGACUUGAGUCGAGAAUGGACAUGCUGUUUUGAAUACGAUGGUCAUGUCAGCAUUUAUUCACUUACUGGUGGUGCCCAGCCCCAGGUGCAGACAAGCAAUAAGAUUGCAGAUUCAUUUCCAGGCAUGGAAAGUUAUGCACAGGCCACUCCUCCUCAACCAGCACCAGUUUCUGUAGAUUUGAGGAAGCCGCCAAAGUGGUUGCGUCGGCCUUGUGGUGCAUCAUUCGGGUUUGGUGGCAAGUUAGUAUCAUUUGAGUUUGACAAGUCAGCCCCUGUGCAGCAGCCAGCUGCGCCACAACAACUAGGCUUUGUUGCCACACCAGCCGUGAAAAGAACUGUUUCCAUCAGUCAAGUAGUGACGGAAGGCAGCCUCAUGGCAAGAGCUCAGGCUUUGGAUGUAGCCUUGCAGCAGGGUGAUUAUAGAGAUUUCUGCAAAAGCCGUGCUGCUGAGAGUCACACAUCUCAUGAUAGAAUUUUGUGGGAAUGCCUCAAAGCUCACUUUGAACCUAAUUUGUCAUCAGAAGUUUUGACCCUAUUAGGUUUCAAUCCUGAAGAAGUUAAGAACAAGCUUAACAUCUCUAUUGCACCGCCUGAUGAUUCACCUACUGAAUUUAAUGGGAUUGACAAUUUAACAACCCAAAUGCAUGAUUUGUCUGCUGGAUCUGCUGAUGAUGCCUUUAGUGCCAUAGCUGCUUCAGCACAGUUAAAAAAGAAGUCAGAAAUAACUGCUCCUUUUAGGAUUGUUACUGGUGACGAUGCAAAUGGAUUGAUUUGCCAAGCUCUUUUACUUGGUCACACUGAAGCUGCUGUAGAAUUGUGUCUUCAAGAAGGUCGCCAUGCUGAUGCUAUUGUUUUAGCUAUGACUGGUGGUCCAGAUCUGCUUGCAAAGACACAAUUUAGAUAUUUCCAGAAAAGUAAAGGUUAUCUUUCAACCCUUAUGUCAGCUGUAGUUACUGAAGACUGGAGUCAAGUUGUUGCAUCUUGUGAUCUAGAGAGCUGGAAGGAAGCUUUGACUGCUAUUCUUACACACACCAGAGGAGAUGAAUAUUCGCGCUUGUGUGAACAAUUGGGGCACCGUUUAGAAGUAGAAUCGGGAGGUCUUCAUAAACAGAAAGCACAACUUUGUUAUGCUAUUGCGGGCAACCUCCACAAGUUGGUUGACAACUGGAUGUUAGACAUUCGACCUACUACACCAGAACAGAUGCAGGAUCUGGUGGAGAUUGUUGCUGUUCUACGUACAGCAAUGGAGCUUAGAGGCAAUAAUGUUGAUAUAUCUGGCUCCCUUGCAAAUACUCUAUCACAGUAUGCUGAGUUUUUGGCAUCCCAAGGUAGCCUUGCCUCUGCUUUCACUUAUUUAACCAACUCUCAAGAUUGGACAGUGUAA